GGGGUAGGGAUUAUGUCAGAUUAACCUUUCUAGCUCGCACGAUUGCUAGGGUUUCUCUUCACAAAUCUCAAUCCAAUACAACACAACAGAAAUCAACGGUUAAAAUUAGGGUUUCACUUCAAUCGAUCUAUCUACGCAUCUUAAUUUAACCUUUUUGUAUGUUAAUUUAUAUCAAUGGAUGCUACUUCAUGCAUAGAUGAUCUCAACACGCUCUCAUCUUCAUCAUUACCUUCUCAAAUCCAUCAAAAUGAUAGGAACGUGCUUCAUUUGCUGGCAAGAAGAGAGAUAGCUCCUAGAACAGCAAAGUGCUUGCCAAAAAGGCAGCGGGGAGAAGUUUCUAAUCACAAGCAUCAGUCAUCUGUUAAACCCGAAAGUGAAAGAGUGAGAAAUUCCAAAAGUGAACUUCUUUCAUGGGUGGAGGCUGAGUCAUUGCGGUGUUUAUCAGCCAAAUAUUGUCCUCUGGAGCCUUCUCCACGAUCAACAAUUGCAGCUGCAUUUAGUGCAGAUGGGAAAAUUCUUGCUUCUACUCACGGUGAUCACACUGUUAAAAUAAUCAACUGUCACACUGGAAAAUGUGAAAAGGUGCUUAGUGGUCAUCGAAGAACUCCUUGGGUGGUCAGGUUCCACCCAUUGCAUCCAGAAAUACUUGCCAGUGGAAGCUUGGAUCAUGAAGUUCGAUUAUGGAAUGCAAAUACAUCGGAAUGCAUAGGGUCUCGUGAUUUUUACCGCCCUAUAGCUUCUAUUGCCUUCCAUGCUGAAGGAGAACUUCUUGCAGUUGCCGCAGGCCAUAAGUUAUAUUUCUGGCAUUACAAUAACAGAGGUGAGGGUUCUGCACCUGCUAUUGUAUUGAAAACAAGGCGCUCUCUUCGUGCUGUGCACUUCCAUCCACAUUCCGCUCCAUUUUUGUUAACUGCCGAGGUCAAUGAUCUCGACUCUUCGGAUUCUACAAUGGCACAUGCAACAUCUUUGGGUUAUUUGCAUUAUCCCCCUCCAACUGUAUAUAUGGGAAACAUGCAUUCCAUUGACCGUUUAAGUUUAGCUGCAGAGCUACCAUUAAUGCAUGUACCUCUCUUCUUCUCUCAUCCUCAUCCAAAUACCGAUCCAAGGCCACAACUACAAACCGUCAACAGGCCAUCGGAAUCUUCAGAUCGGCUUCAAGUUCUUGCAAACGCAACAGAACUGUAUGAACAAAUGAUGGCUUCUGUUCCUCCAUCUAAUCCAAUAGAUGUCACUGGAGCUACAAAUAUGGAUAUUCCUGAACCGAUGCUUAGUCAGAUGGGCGGUUGGGAGUUACCUUUCAUGCAAGGAUGGUUGGUGGGUCAAAGUCAACAAGCCGGCACUUCAUUGCCACUUGAGUUAGCGGAGGGUUCACCAGCUAUGCCAUAUGGUUCGAACCCAGUGGAUCCAGAAAGACAGCGUGUGCAGGAUCUUUCUUCAAAUGGUGCUUCUAUUUCUGCAUCACAACACAGACAAAAUGCUAUUGUUACCGAGACAAACGGUGGGAAUGAUUCUUUCCCGAUAAUUAGUCGAAUACAGAGUCAACUUUCUGCGUCAUUAACUGCUACUGCUGCUGCUGAGUUGCCGUGUACUGUAAAGCUAAGAAUCUGGCCUCAUGAUUUUGAAAAUCCUUGUGCUUCUCUUAAAGCUGAAAGAUGCCGUCUAACAAUACCACACGCGGUACUUUGUAGUGAAAUGGGGGCCCAUUUUUCACCAUGUGGGAGAUAUCUAGCUGCUUGUGUUGCAUGUGUGCUUCCUCAGUUUGAAGCGGACCCAGGGUUACCAACCCAACUCCAUCAAGAACGGGCUUCAACUUCUCCAACAAGGCAUCCAAUUUCUGCCCGCCAAGUGAUGUAUGAACUUAGGAUAUAUUCACUCGAGGAGGCAACUUUUGGUUCGGUACUUAUUUCAAGGCCAAUUAGAGCUGCCCAUUGUUUAACAUCCAUCCAGUUCUCGCCCACUUCUGAGCACAUAUUGCUUGCUUAUGGUCGACGUCACAGUUCUCUUCUUAAAAGCAUUGUGAUUAACGGGGAUACCUCGUUAUCCAUUUACACUGUUCUAGAGGUAUAUAGAGUUUCAGACAUGGAAUUGGUGAGUGUGCUUCCAAGUGCAGAAGAUGAGGUUAAUGUAGCUUGCUUUCACCCCCUUGCUGGUGGAGGUCUUGUUUACGGGACCAAGGAAGGCAAGCUUAGAAUCCUUCAGUAUGAUGGUGCUCAUACUACCAGACCCGAUCACUUUUCUGAAGCACAAGCAGCAGUUGAGGUAGAACCGUAGUAAUACAGGUUCAGGCAUAUGCUUUAGAAUGUUAAAAAACCCACGGUGAUAUUUCACAUCUGAGGUGCGUCCUCAAAACGAACGAAAGGAACCGCGACCAAGUAUCUGAAGCCUAUGCAGACAACUGAAAAUUGGGAGUGGUUCAGUUUUUUUACCUGUUUCUAUCCUUCUCUAUGUUGAGCAUUUGCUUGUAUUUGCCAUGUAGGCAGUUACCAAAUUGUAUACACGGUUUGGAUCCAUGAAUGUAUAUUAUCAACUAUAGUUUGCGCUAUAAGAUGUAUUAAGAUUUCUGGUCUUGGUCAA